AUGCCACCUCGAUCCCCGACAGGCGACAGCACUCGAGCGAUGCCCAACACGGUCGAAUCGGAUCGACUCCCCACGCCAGAGGACCUGUUAGUGGACAAGGACACGGUGACGGCCAAAAGGCGGACAGCACUCAACAGACUCAAGUGCAACCGACAGUCACCCUGCGACCAGUGUAUCAAGAGGAAUGUCGCCUCAACAUGCAACUUUAUUCCCUAUGCCCAGAAUGAGCCUCGCCCACCCCCAUCAGUCUCGGGCGCAACACCCGGCUCAGGCAGUGGUAGCUCUCGCAACAGGAAAGGGCCUCUUCAGGACAUGACGGCGGCAGCCCGCCUUCGGCACCUCGAGCAUAUGGUCCAGGUCUUGAAAGCACAAAUGCGCCGUGAGGAGAGCGUUGGUGCGGACGUCCCAGCUUCGUCUAGGGGUAUUUCCCCCGUCCCUCCCUCGCCCUCUGUCGGGUCAAUGUCGCAAGAGACGCAGCCCGAUGCAGGAUCAAUGGCCAAGGGGACAGCAGGCGCCAUGGCCGAUCCGUCAAGAUAUGUGGAAGUCAUCCACUGGGAAGCAGUCCUCGACGAGAUUACCACCUUGACCAAGAAUCUCAAAGCCUCAGAUGAAAGCUCGGAGGAUGAAGAGGAAGACUGUUCUCCCAGCAAUGUACCAGAACGCUACCCCGCCUCAGUCCUCUUUGCUGGCGGGUUUGCUCCUGUUCCCUUGGCUGACAUGUUCCGACGCCUGCCACCGAAGCCAGUAUGCGACCGUCUCCUGAACAUAUUCUUUGAGGUAAAAGACCCCUCCUGGUCAGUCUUCCAUCUCCCCACGCUUUGGAAAUACUACAAUGCGCUUUGGCAAGAAGGGGCCGAGUAUUCGUAUGCCGACCUGGCCUUCUUCUUCCUCUUGUUCGCCAACUCCGCCGUAUUCUGUAGUCAUACGGGAGAGGCAGUUCCUGGCAACCUAGGGAGCCCGAUGCAGGCAUACAGCAUAUUCAAAACCACAGGCGCUCACGCCCUUGCGCUUUCUGACUACAGCACGCCAGGAAAAAACAAGCUCGAGGCCCUGUAUAUGUAUUUUAUCAUUGAGUUUAUCGGCCAGCCAGACGCACCGCUCAGCACGUCCAUCAUCUUUUCCAACAUAAUCCGACUGUCCAUGCAUAUGGGGUUACAUCGGGACCCGAAGCAUUAUCCUACCAUGAGCCCGUUUGAGGGUGAAAUGCGCAGGAGGCUCUGGUAUCUCUUCGUCGAGGUUGAUCAGGUCGUCUCGUUCCAGUUUGGACUCCCUAGCAAUAUCCAGCCCCGCUUCUACGACACCGAAAUCCCUCGCAAUCUUCUCGACGAAGACUUUGACGAGACGACCAAGGAACUUCCGCCCUCCAGGCCCGAAUCCGAGUUUACCCCCAUCCUCCUGAACAUUGUGAAAUCUCGCAUGAUACGGGCCUUUGGGGAUAUCACAGCAGCCAUGUGCUCGAGGAAUCCAAUCAGCUACGCUGAAGUCAUUCGUCUCGACAAGCAACUUGAGGACGCCCACAAAAGUCUUCCUCAUCUCCUCCAGUUUCGCAGCUUCGCCGAGUCCACGGAUGAUCCUAUCGACGUCGUCAUGCAGCGGUUUUGGAUGGAGCUGAUGUAUCAAAAGGCCAGGAUAGUGCUGCACCGAAGAUACAUGGGCAUCGGAAGGACGGAUAAGCGUUACACGCACUCUCAGCAGGUCUGUUUGGACGCGGCCACCAAAACAUUGCGAUGCCAAUACGAUGCUCACUGUGAGCGACAACCAGGGGGGCGACUGACUUCGGAGAAGAAAAACGGCUCGUUCUUCCGAACUAGUAUUAGCAAUCAUGACUUUCUCCUCGCCGGCAUGAUCCUCUGUCUCGAACUUUCAUACAUCAAAGCCAGGGAGAAAAGGGAGGCAUCUCCCGCUGAUAUGCAGUCUGACACGGUCGAGAACGAUGUUAUUUCGAAGGAUCAGUUGAUGCAGAUGCUCGAGACCUCGCGGCAGAUCUGGCAGUCGACAAGGAAGCAGUCGGCCGAAGCGAACAGGGCGUUCAAAAUUCUGUCGAAAAUGCUGUGCAUGUCAACAGGAGCCGUGUUCGAAAGCAGCCCAGAAUCAUCGGGUAGCGCAUACGACUCCUUUCAGGCGUCUACCAUGGCAAACGAAGAAUCAGGUUCAGGCGCUGUACCGAUCGGAGUCACCGGAGCGAACCCCUAUUACUAUACACAACCUCAGGCUCCCACAACCGUGAACCAGGUCGUACCUGUUGCCAUACCUAUAGCGAUGCCACAAACGGCAACAAUCCCGAUUGCCGAGCAGAUGCAGUAUUCCCCGGCGUGGCAGCCAGACCUCCCUCCGCCAAUGGGGCCUGUGGACUUUUCCCCCUAUAACACGAUGAGCCAGUUCAUGGAUCCGAGCUUGACAGCAGACUGGCACAUGUGGGAUAAUCAGGUCCAGAACGGGAACGUUGACGAGCUUCAAAUACCCUGGAAUACGUUCUUCCACACUCCGAUGCCAGGCUAUCAAUAA